AUGUCCUUGGUACGCCCGGCGCGCCGCCUCCUUUCCCGCGCGCAAGCGCCACUUGCGCGCGCGGCGUCGACUUCAACGCCUGUAGCUCCCACCUCCCAAAAGCCGGGCAAGGAGCUGGGCAACCUCUCGCCAAAGGAGGUGGCCAACCUAACCCGCCCCCUCAUGCCUCACUACACUGUUGCGCGGUCGCCCGACUACCCGAACCACAUGAAGGAUGCGCCUCAGCACCGUAUCUACAACUUUCCCAACAAUACGUUCCCACCGUUGCCGGAGAGCGAGCACCCGAUCGCGUUGGGCGAAAACAUGGUCGCCAAGAACAUGCGCGUUUUGGGUGCGCUUACGGGAUACACCCGUCAGGAGCUUGAGGGCCUUUACCGGUACCCUGUUGAUAUGCGGCGUGUUGUGAACAUGACUAAGAAGGGCAAGAUGUCCUCGUUCUUCUCGGUAAUGGUUGUCGGCGACCCGAAGCGUGGACUGGUCGGUAUUGGGCACGGCAAGAACGAGAACGCUGGACAGGCGAAUAUUCGCGCCUUCCACCAGGCCGUGCUCAACAUGGACGCUGUGCCGCGUUUUGAGAACCGUACGCUGUACGGCCAGGGCUCCGACCUGCGCGUCAAGUGGCGCGCGACGACGGUGAUUAUGCGUGCGCGCCCACCCGGAUUCGGCCUGCAGGUUCCUCACGUGCUUCACCGCAUCUUCUCGGCGUGCGGAAUCCGCGACGCUAGCGCCCAGAUCCUUGGGUCGACCAACAAGACCCAGGUCGUCAAGGCUGCGCUCCAGAUCAUCCACGGUGGUGCGUUGCCACCUGGAUCGGGUACCGGCAAGAGCAGGGCGCGCAGGGAGAACAAGGGCGCUGGCAUGCGCACACUUCGCGAACUGGAGCGCAUGCGCGGACGCCACGGUAUCGACAUGAACCGCCACCUCUAG